AUCUUAUUUGUUCUUCACCAAAAAGAGAUGCGGAAGCCUGUAACCCCAGUGCUGUGGGAGGCGGAAACGGGAGGAUCACUGGAGGCCAGGAGUUCAAGACAGCCUAGGCAACACAGGAGAUGCUGUGUCUAUGAAAUCAAAAAUGAACAAAUUAGCCCAGCAUGGUGGCGUGCACCUGUAGUCCCAGCUACUCAGAAAGUUGAAGGAGGAGGAUCCCUUGAGCCCAGGAGCUCUAGGCUGCAACAAGCUAUGAUGGCACCAAAGCCCUGCAGCCUGGGCGCAGAGCAAAACCGUUUCUCAAAAAUGAAAUGAAAGUGGUGAUUUCUCAAGAGGAGUACAUGUCUCAACUCCUCUUUUCCUGCCCAAGGAGGAGGCCCUGGAGCCCGAGACAUGGAGGGAGCCGCUUUGCUGAGACUCUUUGUCCUCUGCAUCUGGACAAGCGGACUUUUCCUUGCUGUGGGAGUGAGGGCAGAGGAAGCUGCAGCGAGGUGGUUCACAUGUGAUCCCACAAUUGGUUUUCUCCUCCUCAAGGGUGCAACAAAACGUUCCAAGUGGGACAGAUACAGGAGAUCCUCAAGGUGGAAGCCGCCCAGUCCCCCAGCUGUGUUAGGGGCACCCGCCCUGCCCGGCCCACCACAAGCACCUGCUGACCAGGGAUGACUGCCCGGGCAGGGGUUGAGUCCAAUCAUCUGAAAUACCCCUGGUCAAAGAAAAAUCUGAGGCCCAGUAGAAUUUUAAAGAGUUGAUUUGAGUAAGAAAGAAUUCCUGAAUUGGGAAACAGCAAACUGGAGGAGGCUUUGUGCUAUGGUGAAAAAGUGUGGGAGACAAUGCUUAUCGGGUGAAUAUGAAACUGCAAUAAGGACAUGACUUGAUUGGUUGCACUUACAAAACUUCCUGUUUUGGUUUACCUUGUUUGAAAAUCCCUGGUCACAUUAGUGUUGGUGAGUUUAGGGAGGUCUCCAAAUGCAGGUGAGACCGGACCUUAGCCUUGCCCAGUUUUUGACAUCGAAGAGAGAAAAAGCUUAAGUCAAAGCAAAAGCAAAAGUAAAUCAGCUUCUAUUGCACAGCGGAAGCGCAGGCUCGGGGGUGGGAGCGCAGGCGGACUCAGAAGAGCCAGUCGGGCCCAGUGUGGUUUGGGGUUUCUGCCUUUGCUGGUUUAUUAAAUUAAGGGGUGGAGUAAGCAUAAGGAUUUCUGGGAAGAGGUGGGGAUUUCCUGGAACUUGUAGGGGAGGGGUGGGUACCACGCAGUUUUGUACCAAACACGGGCGUACAUGGAACUGCUGUGGUGCGGGUGGGUGUGGGGUUUAGUGAGACAAGGAGGGUAUGAUUGAGUGUGAGGGGAAACGCGAGUCAGACCCAGCACUGAGUUAGAUCUUACUGGUCCUAGGCGGAUUGGCCACUUCCUGUUUGUCAGGGUCCUGUGGGCCCAUCGCCUCCCCCUGUCCCUGCAGCUGGUUUCAGCAGCUCCUUCUGUGUCCGUCAUGUGAACCUGCUGCCUGGAGUUCUUGUUUCUUCUGUGACCUCCCAGUAUUCCCAUCUCAGCAUGGCCCGCUGUCAGCUGGCUGCUCGUGACUGGCCGAGGUUAAGUUUUGUUUGUGUCUAACAGAAGCGCCCAUCUGAUAUGACCCCAGUUCAGUUCCCACAGCUUGCAGUUUAAGGGGGUGACAGUUGUUCUUAAGGCCUCAUAGGUAUUGUUUGCCCAGGAAUGUUUUAGGGCUGGAUUUUGUUUUAAUUUUGCUUUUAUAUCCACCAGCCCCACCCCAUCAAGAAAUACACAUAUUUAGUGCUGGAGGUUCCCUCCAUCGAACCCUGGGUUUCCUUCCUCGUUUUGGUGAAGAAGGAAAAAGAAAAAACAAGACAAGCCCUCGCACACGCAAGUCAGAACUGUGUUCAUUUCCCUAAGCCCCAUUUCCUCAGGACGGCUUCCUCCCCUCACUGAGUUGCAGUAGCAACCAAGUCAGCUCUGCUCAGGAACCGCCCUGGACAGCAAACUCGGCUGUGCUGAGCCCUGUCCAAGACCGGGGAGGGCGGGGAAGAUUAGAAGCCAGGAGCUCCUAGGCCACCCCGGAAUCCUGGGCUGGGCUAGGGGGCCAAGGAAGAAACUGUCCCUCCAAAACAAGAUGAUCUGUGGUUUAAUAACAACUCACAGGCAUUUUUAAAACACAAGGAGUCUUCGAAGCAAUGUCAAGGAAACGUUGGCCUUGGAGUCAAAUCCUGAGCUUCCUGCUUGCUGGUUUUGGGUGGUGACUCUCGCUGUCUGGAUUUACUUUCUUCUUCUGUGAAUUAAGAAUGAGGCCUCUUGUGUGUCCACAGCAGGAAACAAUUUUACAUCAUGUCUCGGUGCACACACAAAUAUAUACUGGUCCCCAGUCCAUUAUCUGUAAUUCCACAAUUUCCAGAUCCCUGCAAACCACACAUUUUGGGGGCAGCUGACUUCAGGAGUAAUCCUGCUCUGUACUGACUCGAGUUCUUUGUAGGCCUACCAUUGUUUAUCCCAUUUAAUGUGAAUAUUUGCUUGUUUCACUGUUGAAACAUGUGUGGAUUUGAUUGCAGGGAGCAGUCCAGCCUCUGCUGGGAAUGGUCAGGAAUAUACCAUAUGCACCCCGUGUCCUUUCUAAAAUAGUGAAAAUUCUGAAUGCCUAAACACAUCUGGAUUCCAGGAAUUUACAUUAAGGGAUAUAUAUUUGAAAUAACUCACAAAAAACAAUACGCACCCUUGCUACCUUCUGAUAUUUUCAAAUCGAUUUUCUUUUUAAAAUGCUGCUCUUGAACCAAUAAACUAAUUUCAUAACCCAAUGAUGUGUUGAAACUCACAUUUUGGAGACAUGGGUGUAAAGGGUUUGACACCCAACAGGCACGUGGCAGAUAGAAGUGAUCACUGGGAUGUUUCUUCUUCCUUGGCCUAGAAGGCUCACUUUGUGUUAGUUCUGAGCUGAAAAGGAUUCAUUCCUCCCCAAAGCACCAUGGCACUCCCCUAGUGUUUCAAUGUUCUCAGGCUGCCAUGGUAAAAUAUCACAGGCUGGGUGACUUCAACAUCUGGUUUUUCUUUUCUCACACUUCCAGAGACAAGAAGUCCAAGCUGAAGGUGCUGGCAGGGUUGGAGUCUGGGGAGGACUCUCUUGCUGGGUGUCAGAGGCUGCUUUUGUGCUGUGUGAUCAUGUGGCUUGCUUGUGUCUCUUUCACUUCCUAUAGUAGGACACUAGCCCUCUAACAGGAUUAGAGUCCUACCCUUGUGAUCUCAUUCAGUCUUAAUUGCUUCCUUAAAGGCCCGAUCUCCAAAUAUAGUCACCAGAGUUUAGGGCUUCAGCAUAUGAAUUUUGGGGGCACACAAUUCCCUCGAUAGCACUGAUGACUCCAUCAAACGUAUCCCACACCACAGCUGUCCUGGAAAAUUAACACGUAACCAUCUUUUACACAAUGGCUGUUAUGCUCCCCCACACUUUCCUCCAACCUGAUCCUUUUUUCUUUCCAACUAGAGAGCAGCAUUUCUCUUGAGGAUUACCUUAAUUAUUUCCAGAAAAACGUGAGCCCACAGGAGCUGCUACUCCUGCUGAGUGACAAUAAAGCCUGGGAGAGAGUGGUGGCCACUGCUGAACUGCCCAGGUAACCUCCAUGGGGUUAUCUCCAUUGGGAACACUGGUGAUGCCACCCAGAUCCCUGGGGCUAGUUUUCCCUGACAGACACACCUCCUCCAGGCAGGCCCCUCUGCUGGGUUUGAGGAUGACCUUCUCGGCACUCCAGGAGGAACAUUUCCUCCCUGUCCUUCGCUGGCAGUGAGUAGCCUCAGGCUGAGAGGACAGGAAGCUCACAGGGACAGGGUCACUUCUGCCAUCUGCUGGUGAUGGGAAAUUUGCGAGUUACUUUCUCACUUUCAGCCUUUCUUCAUCCAUGGAGUUUGAUUGUGAGAAAAAUGAGAUCAUGCAUGUAAAGUACUUAGCAUAAUGACUGACACAUAGUAGGUGCACAGUUAAUGUUAACAUUUACAAGCUCGGUGGAAAAAGACCAGGGUCAAGGGUCUUCCUCUUGAAGUCCAGCAGGACUUCUUUUGGGACAAGUCAGAAAAAUCCUGACUUAAUUGAUGUGUGUUCCUGGGGAUGCUGGCUGGGGCCUUUUUUCUCAUCUGAGGAAUUCCAUAAAUGCGGCAGGACCCGUCUGCUGGUCCAGGAUGCUGAGAGGCUGGAGUGGAGUUGGACAGUGCUGGGUCUCUUUCUGGCUCUGUCUGUGCCCAGUCCCUGGGCUCUAGGCUUAUGUCAUGGAGACUGGGAACUGUCAUCGGUCCCAUAGGAAUAGCAAGUCAAUGUGAUAGGAGUGUGGUGAACGCCUUAGAGUGAACUCCAGGUCAUAGGUGGGGAACCAAGACCAAGAUCCUGCCCAAAGGCCAAGAGAGACCGGGACCAGUGUCAGAGCCUGGGGUCAGGAUGCAGCAAGAGUCAGCCUUGUUUUUGUAGGACAAGCAGGAAGGUUGAGGCACCAGGGCUGGCACUAGGGUGUGGCAAGAGAGGCACCGAGGGCUUGAAACUUAAGGAGGUCAUGAACUUGCAGAGGACAUGUGAAUGGGAGAGGAAUAUUUCUUCUCUGUCUGGAUGAUCCCAACACUCAUGGACAUAGAGGAUCAUGGCUGCCUGUGUCUCUCACACCCUGCCUGGGAACUGGCAAGUUCUGGGCUACCCUUUGGGAUCUUCUUCUCUUCUACACAAAGAAGCCCCUGACCAUGGCAAGCAGUAUGCCUUAGUGACCAUCUCCAUAGUAGAAUGAGUUGCUGCCAAUUUAUGUAAUUUCAGGGGUACUGAGUAGACUGACAAGUCCCCAACCAAGAAGGAAAACACUUCCUCUACCAUCUUGUCCAAAUUCAGGUCUUUUCAACAUUAGCAAUUUAUAUAGAUGGUUCUGAAAGUGUCCUGAAU